GCUUACCCUCCCCUGAUGCAGUGUGGAGCUCUUUUUAAAAACCACCUUGUGCCCACCCUGGCACAAGAGGAAAUCCAAAACUAUAAUUAGCCUGAUAAUUGGUUAAGAUUUGCAGGUGUAGCCGACACAUCCUAAAUUGUAUGAGAAAAGUAUAGUUUUUCCACAAAACCUAACACACAACAAAUAGGUGACAAAAAAUGAUUACCUAUCUAAAAUGUCAUAUAUCUAAAAUGGCUGACAAAAAUCUCAAACAUUAUGUAAUUUACAAAUUGUCACAUUUGAGGAUUAGGAACCAGCAAAAUAACGAAUAUUUUUGUGUUUUGGCUCUUCUCUGAUAAAAAGAGGUCAACAUUUGAAGCCUUUGUGGGAAAUUGUAAUAGACAUUUUAAAGAUUUUUUUGACAUCUGCUAACUCGGUAACAUAAAACAGAAGAAAAUAAUUGGUUCUUGUCCGUCUGUUAUCAGAUGUUAUCAAAAUAUUGAUUAGAGGAGGAUAUUCAGUCACUGAGUGAAACAUAAGUAAUUUUAAAAGCAGCACCUCAUUUACAUGAUAAACAGAACAAAAUAAAUAAAGAUUAAAUAACAAUUUUUAAAAAAAAGAUCACUUAAUGUGCUUGUUUCAUGUGUGAUCUGUUGAGUACACCCCUCCCCCGCUAACUGUACAUCCACUGUUUAGUACCAGGUCUCUCAAUUUUUCAUCCUCUAAUUGUUUUUUUUCCCCUGCCUAUCUAUGAUUUAUAAUUUGGCUGACCGGCUUUUCAGGUAUGGACGGUUCAGAGGGACACGCGGGUGUUUCUGAGCACCAUUGGGGGGCGCUCUUUCCUCAACAGAGUGGACAUGACACUUUGGACAAAAUUCCUGGCCUGUCAAGAGAGGGCUCUCCACACAGUGCAACCUCAAACAAGGAGGAGAACCAUCCUCCGGAAGGAGAAAAGGAGGAACUGUUGGUGGCUCCUGUCAUGGACGACAGUCAAAAGUCUACAGACAACUUUCUAGAGCGACGAGCCAUGGCCAUAGCAACUAAAGCCCAGGAGAUAGAAAAGGUGUACCGUCAAGACUGCGAGACAUUCGGCAUGGUGGUGAAGAUGCUAGUGGCUAAAGAUCCCAACCUGGAGAAGCAGCUGCAGGUUCCCCUCAGGGAGAACCUCGGAGAGAUCCGUGAACGUUGCCUAGAGGACCUCAAACACUUCAUCAGCGAGCUCGAUGAAGUUGUGCGGCAACCAGAACCCUCCGUCUGUGAUUCGACCACCCCCUCUGCAUCCCUUAGCAGUCAUAAACUUUCAAAGACGGGGGUCAAUCACAACACAAGUUACUGACACAUUGGCCUGAUCUGCUCUGUUUGUGUGAGACUGAUCACGGUAGGAUUGACUGCUGAACAUAAUGGAUACUUUGGAUACAUUUUGGAUUGCUGGAAGCUACUCUGCAGCACAUCCACGUAAAGAACAACUCUACAUGGAUAAAGGAUGCAGUCGUGCACUCUAUGUGGGGAUAAACAGUGUUAGUUUUAAUAGAUCAUUUCUACGUUCAUGUUUUCUGUUGAAAGCUGUUGAUUGUUAAAUAUUUAAAAAAUGUUCAACAAAGAAUGAGCUACCAGUCUUUCAUCACCAUGGAAAUGGUCAACAUGGGUUUAAUUCUCUAACUAUCCCUCAGUUGAGACAAAAGACUUGAAAGUGCUCCAGCAUGAUCAUUUUUUUCAAUAAGAAAAGCCAGAUAAGACAAUAAUUUCUGUAGGCUAUUUCAGUUUGAUUCAGUCAGACAUAUGACUUGGUGCUGCUAAAUUCCCAACAGUUCUUAAGUUCUUGUAUACAUUUUGUACUGUCUCAAAGUGCCAGUUCGGUUCCUUUUUUAUUGUGUUGUUUUGUUUUGCUUUUCAAACUUUAUAUUUUGACCUCCCCACUACCCCACAAAAACCCAAGCCUUGGUUAUUUUGAUGACAUUGACACAAGGUUUUGCACAAAAUGUGUUUGAAGGUUGUAGUAAAACAAUUUCUGUUAACUUUGUUGUUGGUUUUAUUGUCAUCUAUUAACACAAGUUAAAUGAAAAUAUAAUAUAAGGCAUUAUAGAAAUAUGAGGUAAAAAAACAAUGAUUUUAUCUAAGAUGUGUCUCCAUGAAACAUGGUUGUUUUUUAGUAUGGUAUCAGAUCCUCAUAAACAUGAGUUAAAUAAGUUCCAACUUCUUAUCAGGUUUGUAAAGAAACAAAUGAAUACUCCAAAUGAACAUGUUACAGAUCAAGAUAUAUGAAGAGAUUUUGACA